CAGAACAAAACAACAGAGAAUCAUUCAUUCUUGGUGAGCUUAAGGUAUGAGCUUCAUACAUCGCUCCAUCGCAACUGUAACAUUUCCCUAUUUCCCAUUAAACCCUUCUCCCAAAACCCCAACCUACUUCACUCCCCUACCUUCUCUCCCCAACAAAAACCACAAACCCCUUAUUUCUGCAAACCCUAAUUCCAGCCUCCGCUUCCGCAUUAGAGCUUCCGCCGCCGCCGACAGUAACCAGACGCCGUGGUGGGUGAAUCUGGUGCCGGCCCAAGGUUUGGGAGCCGAUAAAGUUUUCAGAUUGAUUUCCGGCGCCACCGCUAGCCCCAUUGGCCAGUACGUGUCGGAACCUGUCACUUUUCUUCAUUCUCUCGACCCCAGAGUCAAAUUGGUAUGGCUUUUGGCUCUAGUUGUUUUACCAGCGAGGUCACACAUAAUACUUCGUUUUGGAUUGGUUAUUUACCUGGCCAUUUUGUCUAUAUGGGUUUUGCCGAGGUAUGCGUGGAUGGAUCAAUUGGGAAGAGUCUCUUUAAUUUCUGGACUUUUAUUCAUUAUGUUGGGGCUGGGUGCAGAUGGCGCUCCGUCCCUUGUUCAAUUAAGAACCCCUCCUCCUGCAAUCACAGGACUAUCAAAUCUUCCUACUUCUCUGGCAGGAUACUCAUAUCUAAUAUUUAAGCUAGGGCCAAUACAGUUUACACGGAAGGGCUUGUCUGUAGCAAGCACAGCUGCUUGUUUAACCUUCACAGUUUUCCAAAGUGCGAGCCUUUGCCUAACAACCACAACCCCUGAAGAACUUGCUUUUGCCUUGCGGUGGUUUAUGCUCCCUUUGACAAACCUUGGAGUUCCAGUGGCUGAAAUUAUUCUUACACUCAUGCUUUCAUUGAGGUUCAUCAGUCUAGUGUUUGAUGAGGUCCGUAAUGUUGCGUUGGGGAUUGUAUCUCGCAGGGUAGACUGGGAACAGUUAACAAUGGUGGAGACAAUCGAUGUUUUCUUUGCCUUCUUCCGUAGGAUCUUCAAAAAUAUUUUUAGCCACGCAGAGCAGAUUUCUCAGGCAAUGAUUGCAAGAGGUUUCAGAGGGGACUGCAACACACAUAAAAUGUACUUGUUAUCAGAUCCAUCCAUUGGCAUAGCAGAUGUUGUUUCAUUGCUCUGCCUGGUUGGUAUUAUAGGUACUGCGGUUUGGUCGGACUAUUUUCUUGUUUGAUAAGCAGUGCAAUUCCUGGGUAAAACUUCUUUCGUCCCUCUUUUUGGUGUAUGACAAUUCCCGAGAAUAUUGCUUCACACUUUUGCCCUGGCUGAACAAGCUUAUUGACAGGGACAUAGAAAAAAUGUAUAUGAUAUGGUUCCAUAAACCUGUUCAAGUCGUCUGUUGUAGAAACUCUGUUGAAGGCAUUUAAUCUUUGCUACCUAAUGGGAGAUGAUUAGUCAUCCAUUAGAAAUUCCUGCAAAGAAGUAUGAGAGGUGCUACCUAGCUUGACUGUAGUGAAAGCCAAGAAUGCUACACCAAAAAGAUUGGAGACAUGGCUGUAUUCUUGACCUCUAGCGUUCAGGCUAUGCUGGCUAAUGCAGAACAAGCCUCCCCAAUAACAGUGGGGUCGUCGAUAGUUGAAGCGAUUACUGUACUUGGUAAAGGAAGAUGAACAUUUGGAACUAUAAUUCUGGCAAUCUUAGAAAAGACUGAAUCUCUCUCGCUCAACAUAAGGAGUUGAGGAAGAGUGUACCAUGGCAUUCUCUAUCAUUAUUGUUUCAUACUGUUAUCACACUACUACA